CGACCUCCAAUUAUUUCCUGCAUGCGAUACCGUACCCCAGAUUUGAUGUGACAGUUGUUCUCGUUGCCAACAAUUCUCCUCUUCGGUCCGGCGGUGAGGAUCAGCUACAGCAGAAGCAGGAUGCGCUUGCACCUUCACAUCCAGCGAAACGCGCUCCCGCCUGUGCAAAUCAUAUACACGACCGGCACCGGACCCUCCUCACAGACACGAUCGAAAGAUAGUACCAUUGCCGACCUGCUGAGUGACGUGAAUGAGGUCGUGCCACUCGAGUCGGCGGACGGGGAGUGGGGACUUGAAGAUUAUGUCGUCGAAGUCGGUGCGCGACCUCUCGAGCGUGGUUACGAGUGUCUACACUACCAGACUUGCGAGUCUGUGUUGAAAGAGGACGAUGCAGUUACCAUAAAGCCACUGGGUUCGGAAGAGCUCAGGAUGAGGAGGUUAGGUGGGAGGCACCAGAUCACCGGUGACGGACGGCAUUUGAUGGAUGGAGUCGCCUUUGGGAAGAGAUGGCUUAGAACAGCAAGUAGGCCCGGAGUGGUGAUACCACCGAGGAAGAGGAGGAGGUUGCUUGCGCCAGAGGAAGAUGAAGAAGAACAAGGUGUGCAGGAGGGGAGGCUGAUUAUGCCGCCAGGCCACCAGGACUACACUCACAUGUUGGUUCCGUUCACGGGCGAUGACGAGGAAUGGGAUGAAAAUGAAGAAGAGGAUGAGGACUAUGUUGGUGAACAUCAAGAAGAAGAGGAUGAUGAUGAUGAUGAUGAUGAUGAUGAUGAGGGCAGGUCGCAGAUCGCUGUUAGGGAGGAGUUCGACGAUGCUGAUGUUCAGUCUGAUGGUGCACUGGAGUCAGACGGCCAGAAUGUUGAAGAGCGUGAUGAGGGGCUUCUCACAGAUAAUGACGACUUGUCAGAGGAAGUAAAACUCUUGCUGAAGGAUGCUGCCGACGUCACGAACGCUGGCAGCAGUUAUGAGGCUCACACAGUGCUGAAGAAAAAGCUCAAGAGGAAGCGAGACAUUAACGACGAGGGAGAACGGUAUGAUGAUGACAUGUUUGAAGGAUUCUCCACGCCGGGCAAGAGUCCAGGAGACUCCUACGUUAUCGAUUCAAUGGCCGACCAAGAGGAAGGGGAUGAUGAACCUGACGCGGAUAGCUUCAUGGAUGAGAUUGCUGCCCGGCAGGCUGAGAAGGCAGCGGCAAAUCUUGUUGAUGAUAAUGAAGAUGAGGACGACUCAAGCCUCAUGUCUACUUCUGGAUCUGACACUUCGUCGAGCGAAUCAGACGUCGAUAGUCUAACGGAGACUGCCGCGAGUCAAGAUGUGAGAAAGAGCUUUCAGAGUGACACUCAGGAUGAGGCGGAGUCCAAUUCGGAUGCUACAUCGGACUCGGAGAGUUCGUCUCAGGAGUCAGAGGCUGACAGCUUGAUGAACGACAUUGCUGUGGAGCAAGCGAAGGAGCGAGCAUUGGCUCUCAUCAAUGGUCUCGAGGACGACGAUGCCAGCAACUCUGAAGAAGAUGAUGGUUCUGUUUUGACAACAGAGUUGACGAAGCACGACCAGCCAGGAGAAGUCGACAAGAGCGAAACAUCGAGCCCCAGGUCAGAGUCUGAUAGCACCACUGACUCGGAUUCGGAUUCAGACUCAGAAGACGACGAUUCAGAUUCGGAGUCGGAGUCGGAGGAAUCUGAAUCAGAGGCCGAAAGCGAAAAGAAGGGUGGCCAAACUCAAGGGAGGGCUUCCAAGACAAAUCUACCCGCGGCGACGACCGCCUUCCAACCCAUACAACUCGCUCAAAAGCGUCCCACCACCGCUCCGGGCCAAGGCUUAAGCAGAACUCGCACUAACAAUGCGAGGAUGAAGAAGAAGAAACGGCUAAAUAUACUAAAGGCGGAAGGGUUACUUCCCGAAGACGCUGACUUCAAAGCGCUGGCUGAUUAUGAGAAACUCCUCGAGGACAAGUCGAUUGGAGCAGAGCUAGAGACCAUGGCUCCGCAAGGAGGACAUGUGCCUACGGAGGAGAAGGCUCAGCCUCCAACUGAGGACGUGGCGAUGGCUGAUGAGCAAGUCCACGGCGCCAGUCAAGUCAAAGUCAGGGACAAAGCUGAGCGUACUUCAGAGCUGACCACAGACCCAAUUGUCACAUCAUCAGCUACGCUGCCCCAACCGGCGCAGUUUAAUAAACCAGAGAUCGUCGCAGAUGCUGCACCAAAAAGAGCUCGGCUGGAUUUGGCAAGCUCUAGAAGAAUGCUGUUCUCCUCACUAGGUUUGCGUACUCCUAAAACUAAGGAGGCUGAACGAGCGUUGAGGGAAAAGCUGUCCAGGCCGACUCGGCCAGUCAAGCAGCUUUCCGGUCCUGCCAAUGGUAUCACACCAGCCUUGCCGCAAGUACAGAAUACUGCUGAGAACGACGAUUCUUGGAAAGACAAAUUGAUUAUUGCCGCCGUUGAAUGUGAAGGUGAUGGGGGCGUGCUGGACCCUCCGCCAUUCCCGUUCCAGCAAGGAUGGAUGAAGCGACCAAACGGUGGGAACAACAAGAAACGAAAGUUGCGCGCCCAGGAGCAUUUCUAUCAGUACAAGAAUAACGGGUCCGGAGGCAACGACGAAGAAGCCUAUGUGCCGGAUGCGCUCAACUAUGACGAUGAACCAACAAAGACAUCUACCAAUGGCACAGGCGCCUCAAAGCCUGAAAAUGGAGUGUCAAAAGGCAUCCAGAUGCCUUCAGAUUUCGAGGCUUUGCAGCCCCUGGAUCAGGAGCACGUUCUUCCUGGUGCGAUCAUUGCUUACAAAGAACUGCAUGUGGAUGCCACAACAAAUUGGCAACCUGAGAUCUCUACGUAUCGAGUUGGAGAAGUAUCGCAGAGAGACCCAGACGGUACCAUACAUCUCAAACUAGAUGCUAGCUGUUUGAAGCCGGCCUCCAGCGCGACCCAGGAUGAAGAACCUGGCUCAAAGACACACGGCUUCGAGCUGGCAGAUGAUUUCGCCGAUCAAAUGGACGACGGCAGACGCGAGAUCCAGAUCUCAAAUAUGAUAUCUGGAAAGCUUGUUAAGGCGUCCUCAGUCGAGGUACCCGAGAGUAGCCAUACAAACGGACCAGGACUACGUGGUGGUGACGGUCAUCCUUCUUCGAUCAGUGACCAGUUUGCUUUUAUACCUGAGUCCGCUGAGCAAGAUAUCGACACGCAAUCAACCUCAAAACCAAAUAUCACCAUCGAAGAGAUAGACACCCCACGCAGACAAGAAAUAACCGCAAUCAUCAAAGAGGCCGGCUUUGAGUCUACUUUGGACGAACAGUUGCUCCAGCCCAUCACAAAAGACGCGACACAGGCUCGACAUUCGGUCAGCCAAACGGAUGAUUCGAGCCAACUUCAAGACGAGUAUGCGCACCGAUUCCGGAAGAAGUCCCCUCGCAUCAACUUUGUGCCGUCGGACGAUCAGCCAUCCUCGGAAUUGGGCGACGAGGUUCCCUUCAACAAUGCAGAUGAAGUCAACGCAACUCUUGACUCUGAUCCGCCAACGGCUUCUUCUCCGUUCAUCCAUACUCAAGAAACGGUCGAGUAUCCACAUAUUUCUCAGAUGGAUAUCAAUUCCUCAGAAGCUGUUCGAACGACUAACAGCAGCUCUCAUCAGGAUGCGCAGAAAAUUUCUCCUGGUCCGGCUGUGGAGUUGUCUUUCACUAUCUCUGAGCAGGAAAAGCCUGAAAGUGAGAUUGCAGAAUAUGACGCAGUCGGCGCUAAUCAACAAGAGGACGACAAAGCAAGCGAUGACGAGGCGGCAGAGGACGAUGAAGAUGCCCAGGACAGCGAUGACGCAAGCGAAGACGACGAGGAAGCUGAUGUCGUAGAAGACGAAGACGAAGACGAAGACGAAGAAGAUAUCGAGGACGCUGGCCCAUCCCAGCAGUCAGUGGCUUCUCUGGAGACUGAAGUGCCACAGUCUCAGUCACGAGAGGAACCUGCCGGACAGGCCUCUUUUUUAGGAGGACUUGGUCACGAUGGACACGAUUCCUCAUACCAUGACGAUAGCGGGGACAGCAGCGAUGACGAUCUUCCAUCGCUACAGGAGUUGACUUCAAGCCAACGUGGUCGUGUUAGUACCACGCGUUCAAGGUCAAAGAAAGUGGCUCCUCCACCGACAAGGAAGUCUCUUCGGAAUGCGGAAAAGGUCAAAAGUUCAAGCCCGCAGAGCAGUCCGGAGCUUCCGCCUUCUAGUCAGCCCAGCAUCAAGCUCUCGCAGAGUCAGGAGCCUCGACUGUCGCAGAUCCCCGCUGGGACCCCAAUAGUUGACUUGACAUUUUUGAGCGAUAUUGGUAGUCCUCAGAAAGACGGCGAUUCCUUCGAGGAUAAGGCGCGGUCCCAGGCACAGGUCAACGGCAGCAGGAGUUCACAGUCGAGGGAAACGAGACAAGCGAGUGGUGUGGGCACAAGGAGGCUCCUGACCACGAAGAAGACGAGAAACUAUUUCUAGCUGAGAGGAUAGUAUGAUUGUAAGAGUACUCAUUCCACCUCGCGUCGCAGCUGUAGAUGAACAAUGAGACGAACGGUCCCAAUGACAU